AUGGCAGAUCAGAAUGUAGGGCACAUUAACUCAAGCCCUUCUCCUCUUCCUCCUCCUUCGAUCUAUCAAUUCUCAUCAGACCCGACCGUCUCACAGUUUGCGGUGCCUCACACAACAUAUAUCGCAACACAUACCGAAAAGAUCUCGGGACUAGGGUACCAAAUCCGAUAUCAAUUCAUUGCCACGGGCGGAUUGGUCUUCGAUCCGCCUUUAUCAGAUCCAGAUCCAGAAUCUGUGGCAGUUGCAGGGGCUGAUGCGGGAGUCACUGUCACUGAAAGGCCAAAGCGGGAUCGAAUACUGCUCAUCCAGCGCGCCGGACAUGACAGCAUGCCUCACCGAUGGGAAGUCCCCGGCGGUGGAUGCGACCUUGAAGACCCCACCAUCUUGCACGCCGUGGCGCGGGAGGUCUGGGAAGAGACAGGGCUCGUGGCGGCCAGGAUUGGACCACUGGUCGGACCGAAGGACGGGCAGGUGUUUUUGACGAGGAGCGGGAAGGUGGUUUGUAAAUUCCAUUUUGUUGUUGAGGUGGAGGUGGACACGAGGAUGGACGUCCAAGAGGACGGGGGGGCAGACAUGAAUGUUAAUGUCGAGAAGGAUGUGAAGGGCAUGGGCAUGGUGGACUCAGAGGUGGCUACUGUUCCCACUGUUCCUACUGUUACUUCUGUGGCUACUGAUCCUACUGUCGAGGGAACGGCGGCAGAGGUCUGGACACAUCUUGACAAGGAACAGGAGCAGCAAGGUCGACGAGAGACUCGGCGGGAGAGUGGCACCAAUGAUAUGGAGGCGAGGAGACAUGCCGGUCGCAACACCCACCCCUAUCGUUCCCUUGAUGUGCCUGUUCAGGUCCGUCUCGAUCCCAAUGAACAUCAAGCUUAUCUGUGGGCAGACGAGGAUCAAGUCAAGGCUGGUCGAGUGAGAGAAGUCGACGUGGAGUUCACGACGGCGCAGCAGAAGGAAGUUGUUCUCGAAGGAUUCAAUAUCAGAAAGGGGAUGAGAGCUAGGACUCGGAGCAAGGUUGAGGAAGAGGAAGAGGAAGAGCAAGCUGGUGCAGAGUGA